CGCGACCCGCUGCCCUCGGCCGGCGCCCUCCUCCGCCGCGCCCGCUGCCUCCGCGCCUGCCUCGGCCCCGCCGCCGCCAACGCCGCCGCCGGCCAGGAGGUGCGCGCCGACUUCCAGCGCCGCCUGCCCUACAGCUACCUGCAGCGCGCCUACCUCCAGCUGAAUGAGUUGGACAAGGCGGCCGAUGCUGCCCACACCUUCUUUGCGGCCAACCCAGAACACAUGGAGGUCCAGCAAGACCUGGACAAUUACAGGAGCCUCUCCGGGAAGGCGGUCGUGGUGGACCGAGAGGCUCAGCCACACCUGGAGAACUAUCUGUCUGGAAUCCGGCAUUACGAUCAAGAGGAAUAUGAUUUGGCCGUUGAAUUCCUAGAACAGGCCCUGGAGGACUACGAGGUUGCGGACACCGAAUGUCGGAUCUUGUGUGAAGGUCCUCAGAGAUUUGAGGAAUAUGAAUACCUGGAUUAUAAGGCCACUUUCUACGAGGCCAUUGCAGAGCACUGCAUGCAAGUCCUGCAGUGUCAGCACGAGUGUGUGCGGCAACUCGCCACAAGGCCUGGGCGACUCUCACCCAUCGACAAUUUCCUGCCCUUGCAUUACGACUUCUUGCAGUUUGCCUACUACAGAGAGGGUGAUUAUGUCCGAGCCCUGGAGUGCACCAGGACGUAUCUCCUCUUCCAUCCAGACGACGAAGACGUCCUAGAGAACGAGGAGUAUUAUAGGAGCCUCUUGGAAGGAUCUGUUGACCUGGAGGCCAUCAAACCCAGAGAGGAAGCCGUGAGGUUCCUCCGGAGACAUCAGCUGGAAGCGGAUUUGCUAGCGGCCGCAGCCACCAUCCUGGGUUUCCUGUACACGGAACCGAACUACUGGAGCCCCUCCGGGUCUCGGCAGGACAGUCAAAGGGAUCCUUCCAGGCUGCAGGACUACCAAGCCAAUGAGCUUGGGAACACCCCUGCAGAGCAGGAUUUGUCCCAUGUGGGGCACCCGCCGAGGGAAGGAGGCCCCCUUCUGUUCAACGAGGUGCAGUUUGUCUACAAUUCCCAGCAGCUGAACGGGACCCAGCGAGUCCUCCUGGACAACGUCAUCUCGCUCAGCGAGUGUCAGGAGCUGGAGCAGAUCGCCAACAACAUCCUCCUAGCUGGUGAUGGCUACAGAGGGAAGACCUCGCCUCACACUCCUAACGAGAAGUUCGAAGGAGCCACCAUCCUCAAUGCUCUGAAGUUUGGCUACGAGGGGCGGAUCCCGUUGAAAAGUGCCCGCCUCUUCUACGAUGUCAGCGAGAAAGCCCGGAAGAUAGUGGAAUCCUACUUCAUGCUGAAUUCCACCCUCUAUUUCUCUUACACACACCUGGUGUGCCGCACGGCCCUGUCAGGUCAGCAGGAACGGAGGAACGAUCUCAGCCACCCGAUUCACGCGGACAAUUGUCUCUUGGACCCGGAAGCCAACGAAUGCUGGAAGGAGCCCCCGGCCUACACCUUCCGGGAUUACAGCGCUCUCCUCUACAUGAACGGCGAUUUUGAAGGCGGAGAAUUUAUUUUCACGGAAAUGGACGCCAAGACAGUCACGGCCUCCAUCAGGCCCAAAUGCGGGCGGAUGGUCAGCUUCUCCUCCGGCGGGGAGAACCCCCACGGGGUGAAGGCCGUCACCCGGGGCCAGCGCUGCGCCGUGGCUCUGUGGUUCACCCUGGACCCCCUCCACCGGGAAGCGGAACGGAUCCAGGCCGACGAGAUCAUCGCCUUGUUAGGCCACCAUCCCUUCGGUCCCACCGAGCUGGACAUCAACCCCAAGGAUGAACUAUGAGCCAGGUUGAAGACCUUCUACCCCAUGGGUAGGCAACCAUGGCUCUUUUAUGACUGGUGGACUUCAACUCCCAGAAUUCCUGAGCCAGCCAUGCUGAGGGGAAAGGGAGAAGUUUCAAAGCUGAGCCAGGCUGGCUCAGGAAU